UAAAAAGUUUGGCGUUCGGCCUCAACUUUCCAGGCGGCUCGGCGGAGACAGUGGAAGCGGGGGCGCCGGGGAGCCCCCAAACGGACCGGGGAAUUCGUGGCGACAGCGGGAGGCAAUGCACCGAUUGCCUCGACCGCAUUAGCUUCAGGCAUUGCGGCGAUUGCAGGAGCCGGAGGCCCCGCUUACUUUGCCUCCGCAGGCGCUGCGCUGCUUCGGAAACUUGCUCGCUUUGCCUCUGCCGCCGGCCUCGCCCCAGCUGGGCGGAUCGCCCCGGCCGCCUGCCCCUCUGCCCGGGGCGGCAUGACGGUCAAGCAGCGCAGAGGCGGCAGAGGGCGGCCCGAGAACAGCGCGGGCGCUCCGGCUGCUCCGGGCUGGGCGGAGGAGAGGGCGGCCGCGGGUCCCGGCCCCCGGGAAGCCCGGGCUUGGGGGUGCCGAGCCGCGCUGGCGCUGCUGCUGCUCGGGGUGGCCGCCGCCGGGGUGGCCGUGCUGGGCUGGCUGCUGGUGCACCAGCUGGGGGCCCUGGAGCAGCUGCGGGAGGCGCUGGGGAAGCUGCGGGGCCGCCUGGCCGAGCUGGAGGCGCUGCGGGAGCAGGAGCGGGGGACGAGAGAGCAGCUGUCUAACAUGGCGGAGCUGGAGCGGCGACUCUCUGACCUGGAGCUGGCCCAGAUGCUGUCUAGGCAGAAACUGGAGCGAGCCUUUGCCACUGCUGAGCGCAUCGAGGCCUCUGACCCCAUCGGCAAGCUUGCCGCCUUCCAGGUGGAAGUGAAGAAGGCCAUCAGUGAGCUGAGAGGAGAGCUCCCCUCCGGGACCGAGCUGGCUGCGCUGCAGAGCCAGCUGGAGCAGCUGAGAACCACCGAGCUGGAGAUGCUGAGGCAAGAGGUGGCCGGACUCUUGGCGUCGGGUUCCAGGCUGGAGCAGAGCGUGGCCUCGUUGACCAGCUCCCUCACCAGUGCCCAGAGGAGCCUGGAAGAGAAUGCUCAGAGCCUGCAAGCCAUGCAGCAGGAAGUGGAGCACGCUAAGGUGGCUGGCGAGAGAUUGGAGAACAGCAUGGGCUCCCUGUCAGCCCAGACCUUCAUCCUGGAGGGAAGCCUCAACCGCACCACACUGCUGGCACACGCCCUGCAGCUGCAGCUGGAGCAGAACAGCAAGGCUCUGGCUGGGCUACAGGAAGUGGUAGCAAAUCAGAGAGGGAGCGACAGCUCUGAGCCUCGGCAGCUGGAGAACCUCUGGGUGCAGAUCCAGCAGCUGCAGCUGGAGAGAUCAGCCAUGCAGGAGCAGGUGAGCGAGGCGCUGCACAGCAUUGCUGACCAGAGGAGAGAGCUGCAGGGCAGGAUCUCGGAGCUGGAAACUGCUAUUCAUGCUCUUCAGGGCCAUGUGACUCAGGUGGAGCUGGGCAUGGUCAAUCUGAACACACAGUUCUCCACGGCCGUGGAGCAGCAGCUGCAGGGUCUAAAGCUUGGGAUGGCCAAUCUGGAGAGCAGCCUGGGCACCAGCUUGCAGCAAUGUCUCUCAGGAGAAGUACAGACCCGCUGUGAGACUGAGGGCAGCUGUGUGUGGCCACAUGUCCGCGAGGUCAGCUUCCCGCACCGUGUCCCGACCCAGCCCGUGAUUAUGCUGGGGCUGGUGGGGCUGAGCGCUCAUGGCUCCGUGGGCAUCUCGGUGAGAGCUGUGGACGUCACAGACUCUGGCUUCAAAAUACGCAUUGCCAACAUGGGCAACCAGAGCCUGUCCAGCGCGAGGGUCUCUUGGAUGCUGUGUGCCUAGACGGAAACUGUUAUGCAGCCCUUGGAGCAAGCAGCUGGGGCAUUGGGAGCAGGGGUUACUGAGCUGGUGGCAUCUGCUUUACUUGGAAACAACCGUGGUUUGCUUUGGUUUUCUUCACAGUAAUUACACCUUACAGGGAGUCUGUGUAGAUGGGAUUCCAAUUAAUAGCCCCUCUCUUGGGAGCUGUGUACCCCCAUGGAAUGGCAGGCUGAACAGCCCCGGGCCUUGCUGAAGGCUUCUGGAAAGUGCAACUGUCAAGAUCUGUCUUAAACUUUCAAACAUAAGCGCCUAAACUGAGCCACCAGCUAUGUGCCCAUGUGCGUGUAGCCACUCUGCGGCCACAGAUGUGUGGCUUGCUCUCACAAACAGGCGUACCACAAGGCUGAUUGUGAGGGAAGUUUAGCACCUGAGUCUGUAAAGUUGGCCGGUAAACAUCUUUAUUUAGGGAUUUUUUUGGUUUUAUUAUUUUCAGUAGCAACUGUUGGAAUGUUCUCCUGCUGCCCACGUAGGAUUCUACCCAGUGCUUUGCAUGCCAGAAGUGUUAAAACUUACGCAGGGAUGAUGCUAAUGGCUGGAUGCAGCCAAACUACUGAAGAUGUGGGACUACCUCUUUUUUGUGUGUGUUUCCAGUUGAAAUUGCCUGGCUGAGCCAGUUGCUUCUGGCACCGUGUGAGCUUGCCUGUAUGGCAGAGGGUAUUGCAAGUCAGGGCUGCUCAUUCCUCGCAGAGCUAUGGCUUCUUCUACUCUGAGCCUUACCCUGGAACAGAUGGACAGUCAUGCUAAGCUCUCUUGUAGCAUUGCAAGGUGGACUAAGCCUUCUCUGGACCUCUGAUCUCCCCAAGUGAAACACCAGUGCGUUCAGACUGCUUCAGGUGUGCUUGCUUUUCUGUCUAAUUCUGCAGAAGGGAAGCAGCUUUAUUUUAAUGUAUACAACUCUCUCAGGCAGCUUUGCGGGCUACUAAUGGCUUGUCCAGCCUGCUGACCUAUGCACAAUACACCUGCUUCUCUCUUCUCCUUCCUUCCCCUGCCCAUCCCUGGAAGAUGCACUGGAGCUCUCAACACAGCAGGCUCCAGGGUGGGAGAGGGGUCUACAAAGCAGGUUAUGGGUCCACCAUGAGACACCUUGCAAAGAUUGUAGGUGUGUGCAAUUCCACCCCCAUAGUCCCAGUUUGGAGGUUUUGUGUCCUGUGGGGGUGGGUACAGAAAGACUCUCGGCUGGUGCUACAUAUGUACCCCAUGGAGAUUUGUGGGUCUCAAAUUGGCAGGGUUGGGCUUGAGCAUAAUGCCUUCUGUGGCUGAAGGUCAGAACACAGAGGCUUCUUCUUGUCAGAAAGAAAAUGGGGGAGUGUUUCCCCAGAUUGCCAGCUGAUGUGGGAGUGGGGGUUUGGAGUGACUUCGGUUGGGUGCUCGGAUAGCUCCACUCUAGAGUCACAGAGGAGACAAUCUGCCUAAAUUGUCCUCUUCUCCUCCACACGUUCACUCUGCGCUGACUGAAAGGAGGAAGGACAGCCUUGUUAAAGCACAGAACUAGAAUGUUGGAAAUCCAUGUUCAGUUCCUAGCUCUGCCACACGUUGGCAGGUGGCUUUCCCUCUGCGCCUGGACUGUGUAAAGUACCAAGCGGUGCCCGCUGUCUGCAGAAAACCAUAGAGAUUUUUCCGCCCCCCCCCCCCCCUAAAAAGCAAAUUCUACAAACUGAAACACUGUGAUUUGGAAAUGGUGCUGCCCUGCCUCAUGGGAGCUGUGGUUCAGAUGUCUGUUCCCAUUCUCCUCUAUAGACUGCGUGGAAUGUGUUUCCCAGAAUGCACUCUGGUAAAUUACAGUUUUGUAUGGGGAGCGGAGCCUAUAAAAGAGAGGGAAUAUGAAGCUGCAUUUACCAGUCAAAAUAUUUUGGGGUUUGGGUCUAUUUUUGGUGUGGAAAAAUGAAAACUGUGUUUGUGUGUACACACACCUAUUUUUCCAACAACCAUCUCUAGCGCCAGUUAUUGUUUCUAAGCUCACUGGGUGCUAUCCGCUCGGACACAUGGCAGAUGCCUUCCCAAAAUGCCCGAGGAGGCCCUCGGGGAUCCAGAACAUUCCAGCGUUGUCUCAUCACCUGAACUGGGCUGACAAGACUGCUGCUGCCCCGGCUCGCCAGGACGCGGGGUGCAGAAAAGCAGGUGGUGCACUGCAAGCUCGAGAGGGGAGUCGUAUGAUGUGCGGGGAUGGCAAAAUGGAUCUUCAGCCUGUCGGAGGGCAGAGAAAGGUGCCAAAGCAGCAUGUUCCGCUCUGAGCGAGUGGGGGACAUCCAGAACUCGGGGGACAGGGGGAAGCUACCGCUCUCUGGCUGUCCACAGCCGAAGGAGCUGCUGUUGUUUGUUGGUGCCUGAGCGGUAGGAAUUGUGUCUGUGACUCAGCCCCAUGGAGGCCUCGAGGUUUGUGGGCCGUGUGCUUCAGCCUCUGGCACGGAGCUGGCUGCCAGUUCAGGAGGCCGCAAGUGCUGAAUUGCCAAAGCUGUUUUAGAAACCAAGCAAAGGGCACAAACCAAAACCUGCCCUGGGUGGAUCUCCGUUGGCAGUGCAAUAUUUGGCCUCGUCCCUAGCGUGCCUUGCUCUAAACUGGUUUUCCGCUCAGGUGCGGGCUCGCAUGGCUUCAUGCGAAAUGGAAGUGCUUUCCCUGAAAUGGAGGAGUGCAAAGUAAGACCUCUUCCAAUUUCAAGGCCCCGUUGGCUGCUCUGUGGGAUGGAGGGGAAAAAAACAUGGUGGGUCAGAACAGGGAGUGCUGUAUGCAAACCAUCGAUCCUUCCCUGAGCCUCUCUCCUGCUCUUGGGAGCCUCUGGGACCACGGCCACCCUCCUUGACAUACUGCCCAUCCUGCCAUAGGGUUCCCCUUCCUGAGGGUGAAGUACUUGAGUCUGUAACAAAACAGCUCUCCCAUUCAGCAGACAUGGAGUUUCCUGUUUCUGGGGAACGUGGAAUCUGGCCUAAUGUUAAUUCUGACUAGCUGGACACUGUCCACGUAUGUAGCCAGGCUCUGAUCAGACCCCUUGCUCCUCUCGUGCUGUCAAGGCCAGCAGAGCCCUUUGCUGAAGCUUUUCUGCAGGUACCGAAUAAAAAGUAGGAAAGCCAAGAGUGGGGUAAGUCUGGUGUAGCUUUAAAACCCUGCUCUCCUAGGCACCCAAGAAACUAAACGGGUGGUGGUUCUUGUGCCAGGCUGGGUGUGGAGACACUCUCUGGUGUUUGGAUUGUGACCCAUUUCCAUUUAGCCUAGGUCAGUAAAAACUAAUGUACGGGUGCAAGCAGAACCCCUAUAAGCCAGCUUUAAACUGAUGCCAGUGCCUACGCCCCCACCCCCCCCAGUCUUCCACCAGUUUAACCCUAAUUAAUCAGUGUAUUCAAGUCCUGUGCCAUGGGAGCGGCUGCUGUGUGUACAUCCGAUUCCUCUCUCUUUCUGAGCCAGUUUUUAGCUUGUGCUUGCCAUUGGCUUUCUCUCCACUUAUGUGGCUGCAAACUGGGCCUGAAGACAGCCAGCCAAACAUCUUACAGUUGCCCAGCCAAGUGAAGGGCUAGGCUGCUUAGUGUGGGCCUGAUUCUGAUCUCGUUCUGCUUGUAUGCCAGGAACUCUGUUGUCCUUAGUGAGGGUGCUCCUGAUUUAAAGGGGUGUGAGAGGAGAAUUGGCACACACCUAGGUUCUCAUCGUGGCAGGAUUGCUGGAAGGGCCUAGUACCUAUAUGUUUCUGUAUUGAAUCAGGCCUUAUACAGGAGCAGGCUGAAUGUGGCUGUCUUACUGAGUGCAGAAAUGGGUUGCUGUCCUGCUGUGUACCCGUGGCGCAAAGCUGAGCUCAGUGUUGAUAACCCCACCAAUUGUUGGGCCAGCAAACUGCUUCUCUUCUCAAAUAACUGCCUGCAUGUUGCAUUGCCCUUCCAGCCCUGCGCAGAUUCAAAAUUUGUAUCCGCAUCCAACUUGCAAAAAUGAUCCGUGGAUACCUGCAUCUGCGGCUAUAAAGCUGAUAUUUUCAGGGCUUUAGAUACCACAUUUGGAUCCGCAUCCAUCCGCGAUGGGCAAAAAGGGUCCUUGGAUAUCUGCGGAUGUAAAGUGGAUAUCCACCGAUUUGCAGGGCUCUGGUCACCUUCAACUUGCAUUGCUCCAUCUGCCCCAAAAGGCUGCCAGUCCCGAUCCCUGCCGGGUAACAGUGCUAGCCUGCUUCUUCACUCCCGCUGCAAACUCGAUCCCUUCCCACCAUGUGUAAUUCAGGUAGCAGGUGAACUUUUAGCUUUUCAGAAUAAGUCCUGCUGGAUUCAGAAAUGCAAGAACAACCCCACUUCUUCCAAGGAGGAGACGCCUCCACAAAUCAACCUUCCAGCUGUUCCUCUCAUCUGGAAAGGAUUUGCACAUGGCCCUUGGCUGGCUCAGUGAUGUUUGCUAGGUGGAUAGAGCGGUGCAAGCAAUUCCCAUGCCACAAAUGUUAAGUACUGUAGCACUUCUCUAAUCUGUGCCCACAUGUGAACAGGCCGGGUGCCUGUUUUUCAGUGGAUCUGGGGGUGAGAUCUGUUGUCAGGCCAUCAUCCCCUUUAAAAUAAGGGGUGACUAGGCACUGCGCUAUAGAGAAGGGAAGCUAGAUGACAGCUGUCAAGUGGAACUAAUAAAGGGCAUCUCGUGCUGGGUUUUUAUUGAUUUGCAUCCAUGCGACAUUGAAGCAGACCCUAAUCUGCGAUGGCUCACGUAGCUCUUGGGCCAAAUGACUGAUGAUUUGUUUGUGCAAUGGUGGUGGACUCUAGGGACUAGUUUUCUUCUCACUGCGAGGAAUGAGGGAAGGGACUGUAGAUCAUGCGGGAGAGCCUCAGCUGGGGUUACGACCCCUCCUUCAGCUGGGCAUAGCUGGCGAAGUUGGUGUUGCUCACGGUCUCCUGAGUCCUCUUCUAGACAACAGGGUGAUGGGUGCAUUCUCAACAUCUGAAAACAGGAGCAAAAGCCCUUGUUACUAUCCCAGGGUUGCCUGUAUGAGGAAUUCACAGUCAGGUAGCCGCUUCCUGGACAUGAGCUGUGCCAGUUCUGGCAGCCCCAGACUCUGGUCACUUCCAGGGAGAAGAGCGGAUGGUGCUGAGAUGAUAAACAAGCAGCCAGCUAAAGCCUGACCUGCCCCUCAAGCAGGAAAUUGGGAGAAGUAGCAAUGCAGAUUAGCGUCCCUGUGUCCCUCCACCCCCAUGGCUGGUUAGAGUGCUGACAGGCCCUAGCUUUCUGCUGGUGGAAGCUGGAAGUGUGAUGUGUCUCCUUGAGCCUGCUGUGCUGGGAGUUAGACGCUAUUAGUGUUCAAAGCGGCAACCCAGCACCUGCUGCCCAAGCUGUCCCCUGAGGAAACCCAAACUCCCCCCACUCCAGUCCCUGCUAGCUGUAUGCACGUCCCAUGCACCGAGGAUUAGUGUUGCCUCGUGGUGGAUCUGGGGUAAUGUCUUUCUCUGCCGGACAUGGCAGGGGAAGGUUGUGUUGUAAAUGAAUAAAUCUCAACGAGCACCUUGCCCAGUGUACGGGCGGCUCCAAGCAUGGGUCUCAAUGUCUUGGAGAGAACAGCAGCUCUGCGGGAAGACCCCAGACAUAGUCCUGUUCCAAGCAAAGCCUUGCCGUGUCCCAGGAGUCCUUAAUGGGAGGUGUGAAUUCUAGGAACAGAGCCAAGUGCCUGGUUGGCCUAUAGCAUGUAACUGCCUCUGCCUGUUUAAUAAGGGAUGUGAAUUUCAAGAACAUAGAGAUGAGGGGCCUGGUGGCAUCCAAAACCAUGCGGCUGGAAUUGCCAGGGACACCAGCAGUCCAGAGCUGGGGACUUAGAGUUCCCUUCUUUGCAGUGAAGGACCCCAAUCCUGCCUAUCCCUCGCCUCCCAUACAUUGUCGUCUUCAAAAGUUUCCACUCCUUCCAACCUACUGCGCAUGGAGAUCAGCACCCCACGGUGCCAGGGGCUGUACAUACAGCUGGGGAGAGCCAUUCCCUGCUCUGAAGAUCUAACCCAAAGGGUGGGAUGGGAGGCAGGCACAGAGAGGCAAUGAUUUUCACCCAGGAGCAGAGCUGGAACUAAAAGCCACAUCUUGUGAGGCCCAGUCCAUUGCUGGGUUAAUGAGGGUCCUGACAGCCAAGCUGGAGGGUGUUUCUGACUGGAGGGGGCUGUAGGCCUUCAGAGCGAGAGAUGCUUCUGUCUUUUCCCCUGGGCUCUGAGCAUCUACAGCUUUCCAGCCUUCCUCUGCCAAGUCCUCUCUCUGCACCCACUGUGAGCUUCUCCUUAGAGAUGAACUGGAGGAAUAGCCAGGUCACCUCCCCCACUGGAUUGCUGGGUUCUCUGGGGCAUCAUGGAGUCCUGGCUCACCCCUACUCCUAGGGUCUGUGCACCGGCCUAGGACACCCUCCAUCCAUUCUUUCAGUUAACAGAAGGAAGCAGUGAGACCACCCUGGUGCCCCACACGGGAGCGCAGGCUGCUCUGUGGACAGAUCCACGUAUCUCCUCUUACCCUCUCCUCUGCCUCCCUGCUGAAUCACAGCCUCUGUGGGAGAUGGGCAGAGGGCCCAGAACCAUGUCCCCAAAUGCCCUGAGUUCGAGAGUUCCGGGUAAGUGGGAGCGAGAUGCAGACUAGGCCUGUGUUGAACCAAAGUCAAAGCCGAACCCACCAGUUUUGGCAAACAUUGGUAGUUUGGGUUUUGCAGUCUCCCCUCCACCCCUUAUGCUCUUCCUGGCUCUGUCCCUCGCUCCAUAGAGAUGCCUUCGUUCCAUCCCUUGUGCUACAGAUGCUCCCUCUGUUGCCCUCUCCAGGCAUUUACCUGCCAAAAUUCCUGCCCUCCCUGGCAUGACUGAACCCUUCAUCUUCCUGCUCUGGGAGCUGGCAGGAUUCGCCCUUCUGAGGGGCUCCCUAGGGGCACCUGGCUACUGGGCUCCCUGCAAAACAGUGUGCCCCCUUGCUAGGCUGAUCUGGCCACCCGUCCAAGAACCUGCUGCCACUUCAUUCCGGCCUGCCUGGGCGUGGUGAUCAGCGGCCUUUGUUCCUGCCGUCGGCAUGGCCACGGGGCCAAAGGUAGCAGUGAAGCCUAAUUUACAGGCAGCUCAGAACGCAGGUGGGGCAGAACAAAACGUGUUGGCACAGAUGGGGCAAUGUUCAGAGAGCUGCUUUCACACGGCUUAUCUAGCGAUGCCUGGAAGCUGCAGCAACUCACUGGCUUAAUAACAUCAGCCUGGGACGAAGCUGCCUUUAAUGUAGGGACACACGUUUGUGGGCAGGGAGCUUUUCUAUUAAUUCUGCAGCAAACUGAGCAAAUCAUGGAGCUGGGCACCUGGGUUCAGAAAUGGGGAGGGGCGUGGAUGAGGCAGUGCUUGGGUUCCUGUGCCAGGGCUCCUGAGAGAGAAGGGUGGGGUGUUACCCCUCCAGGGAUGCCAGCAGAGAAUGUGACACACAAGGCAGACCCCAGGGAAUCUCCGCUGUGAUGAAGGUGCAGGACAGCCUGAGGUUGAUUCCGCAGCAACUUCCAGGCACCACAAAAACCCAGCUCUGACGAAUGUCCAGUGUGUUCCUAGACCUAUUGCGUGGCAAUCUUCAGGCACGAUGGAAACAACGCGGCGCUGAUAGUACCGAUUGCAAAACUCCAUGCACAAGGCAAGCUCAGCAUGCCAACCUGUACUGAUCAAACCACCAAGUGCAGACACAACGCAGGCUCAGCUCUGCUGAACGUGGGGAGCAACUCAGAAAGCAAUGGCACUCACUGACUCUAGCUACCAAGGGAGCUCAGCUCUGGCUAACGUGCCAGGUGCCCCUCUGCUGAUUGCAUAACCUCUCGGGUGUGAGCAAAGCAGGAACUCUCUUGGAAAAGUCCUUCCCGUCCCCUGUACUCAGCGGGAAGAGAUCAGGGAGGGGGUUGCCUCCUGCUGUCCUAGGGGGAGACUGAGUUGGCCAGGUCUGUGUUGAGACCCCCAAGAAGUUGCUUGCAUUUCCUGUGCAAUGGAGGCAGGAUGGUGCCCCAGCUGGCUGUUCCAGCAGAGUGGUUGCAGAUGGUCAGACUCUUCUGAAUGCAGGGGAGGGUUGGUAGGAGCCUGGGGUACUUUGGACCAGCAGGAGUGGCCCACCACCUGUCAAGCCAUAUCCCACCAAGUGAGCUGCUCAGGGACCAGGAGGGUUGGUUAUCUUAGCUGCCAUGCUGGUGGCUAGCCAUGAGAGUCCUUCAGAAGGGUCAGACAGUGGGGUGCGUUCCCUUUAGCCAGAGCUUCUGUGGCCUUGAAAUUUCACCUGUUACUUCCCAGUGUUUGGAAAAUAGCCCAGUAACAGGGCUUUGGCCACCUUUAAGUAUACCCCCUGCCUCUCAUGAAGUGCUGUGUAGGGUAAGCCAGUGCUCUAUUCCACA